AUGUGGAAGCUCAAUAGGAGGCAGGGGGAUUCGUGGAAGACGUGCGACCGAGGGCGAUUGGUGCAAUCUGCACGAGUCAUGACGCGGGGGUACCUGCAUCUUGCCCUUCUUUCAAGCACCAUCCCUCAAUCAUCAAUCAUCAAGGCCAUGGCUGGGAUCGAAAAGGCCCAAUUACUUCCGGGGGAUCACCUACCCACGUAUUCUGACGCUGUUCGGCCAUGGACACAUCGACGUCGGCACCGCCGCGCUAUUCGCCUGCUAUCUGGAGCAAUCUUACUUUACUUUGUUUACAAUUUGCUUUCGAUCGACCGCCUGCAGCAAGAUUACACCCGAUGUAGUGCUUUGAGACGCACACCGAGCGACCCAAGCGGUCCUCGGGAUUACAACAAGAGAUGGGUCAAUGGAACGAAACCUGUUUUAAUUCGCAAUGCUACUGUAUGGGUCGGAGAACCUGAUGAGGGGACUACCGAAGACGAUGCAAGAGCUGGAAAAGGAUGGUCCUGGAUCUCGACCGACGUCUUUUUGGAUCACGGGUUGGUCAAACAAGUAUAUUCUGGAAUUUCCGUCAAAGCUCUUCCUCAUGAUACCGAGAUCUUCGAAGCGGAAGGAAGGCAGCUCACGUCUGGCAUUGUCGAUAUGCAUAGUCACGCCGGCCUAGGUAGCUUUGGCAACCUGGAUGAUGACACCAACGAGCUGUCUGCAGACAUCACUCCGUACGUUCGAUCAAUUGAUGGCUUUAACCCUCUGGCGCCGGAAGUUCAAUGGAUCAAAUCUGGCGGAGUCACGACCUCUUUGCUUCUGCCUGGAAGCGGGAACAACAUAGGAGGCCAAGCCUAUGUCGUAAAGCUUGCCACGGGAAAAUCGAACGGACGCACCGAGAUUAGUCAGGCCGACAUGCUCGCAGAUCCUGACAGCAACUGGCGGUAUAUGAAGAUGGCUUGUGGCGAGAACGCUAAGCGAGUGUAUGGUAGAUUUGGAAAACAGGGGCCUACCAGUCGCCUCGGUGAAGCAUGGGAGUUCCGUCACGCAUUCGAACAGGCCAAGGCGUACGUGGGAGCUCAGGAUGAUUGGUGUAGAGCUGCCGAUGCCAUUGGAGCAGAAAACAUGGACCACUAUCUGUCUCAAGAUCUUAAGUGGGAAGCUCUUGGGGCUGUCCUCCGAGGGCAAGUUCGUGUGAACACACAUUGCUACACAGUGCCCGACCUAGAGGACUUCGUUCGAUAUACCAACGAGUUCAAAUUUCGCCUUUACGCCUUUCAUCACGCCCACCAAACGUAUCUCGUCCCUGAGGUCCUCAAGCGAACUUACGGCGGAACCCCCGCUGCCGCGUUGUUCGCAGACAACAUGUACUACAAAGUUGAAGCUUACACGGCGUCCGAACAGGCCGGGAAAAUUCUCUAUGCUAAUGGAAUUACUCCUACCUAUGUCAGCGACAACCCUGUAUUAAACGCACAGCAUGUUCUUUUUGAAGCAGCAAAGGCGUAUAGGUUUGGACUACCUUAUCAUGCUGCUCUAGCAGGCGUGACGAGCGCGUCAGCCGAGCUUCUGGGCCUUGGAGAAAGAGUCGGCAAAGUCAAAGCAGGAUUCGAUGCCGAUAUCGUGGUAUGGGACUCUGAUCCACUGUCAGUUGGAGCAGCGCCAAUUCAGGUUUGGAUUGAUGGUGCUCCUCAAUUUUCGGAUCCUGUGCAACUCAAGAAACCAACACCAUCGCCCAUUGAGCCAAAGACUACACUUUCUGUUGACCGCGAAUUGGGUCAUGUCUCAAAUGGCAAUGUCAUCUUCACAGGCGUGGAUAUGCAUAGUAUCCUCAUUGAGCACCAAGCCAUAUCUCGGCGGGAAGGACACAGUACCUCGGGAGCAAUUAUCAUCACCAAAGGUGCAGUAGAAUGCGUUGGGAGCUGCAUGGAAGAAAUUGAGAUCGCUAAGAACAACCAGAAGUAUGAAGUCAUUGCUCUUCAAAGUGGUUCUGCCACUCCGGCCUUCAUAUCUUUUGGCAGUGGCCUCGGUCUGUCAGAGAUCGAUGCUGAGGGCGAUACACACGAUGGCAAGCCUUGGAAUAGCUGGACUCGAGCUCUCGAUGGGUUGCUUUUUGGUGGAAAGCAACUAGCUGCAGCAUUCGAACAUGGAGUCACACGAGCUAUAACCGCGCCCAGUACAGGCGGCAUUGAUGCGAGGGGCGUCAGCGUCGGGUUUUCAACAUCUGCUCAGCACGCAUUGGCAAAAGGUGCGAUAUGGGCGGAUGAGACAGCGGUUCAUUACUCCCUUACGCUCAAUUCAAAGACCGACAAGACGGCAUCUAUCUCAGCAGUUUUAGCAGAGCUUCGAAAGAAGCUCCUGGAUGCUACAUCCACUAAAGAGAACUCGAGCACUACGACCGAACAUUCGACAGCCAAAGAUGCCAACUAUGAAUUCACAGAAGAAGCCUCUCUCAAGAAAGUAGUGGCCGGGUCACUACCCCUUGUUAUCACUGUCCACAGCGCCGACACAGUCGCAUCAAUCCUCCGGCUGAAAGCUGACGUUGAAUCCGCAAUAACCCAGUCAUACUCGCACUCCGGCAAUCCUCCUAAACUCCGUCUCAUUCUUCAUGGUUGUGCAGAAUGCCAUCUUAUAGCCUCCUCUCUCGCCGAGUCUUCCCUCGCCGGCAUUGUCCUCGCUCCACUCCUCCCAUACUCUCAGUCCUGGGACCAGCGGCGUAGCUUAACCGGAGCGCCCUUGACCAACCUGACGAAUCUAGAACACCUUAUCGACGCUGGUUUUCCGAAGGAGAAACUUGCUAUUGGUGCUGAGGAGACGUGGCAGAGCAGGGAGAUGGGACUAUUAGCGAGCUGGGCUUACACAAAUAGCGAAGGUAGGCUGACGGAGAAGGAGGCUCUGGCGCUUGUAGGAGACAAUCUUGUUGAGAUUCUGGGCUUGAGUGAGAAAGGGGUAGAUGGGUCGGUGAAGGGAGACUGGCUGGUUUGGGAAGGGAGUCCGUUGGCUAUUGACGGAAGGUUGAGAGCCAUUGUUCACAGCGGAAGCGUCAGCCUCUUCCAAUGAGCUCAGCACAUUAAAGGUGUUAGCUUUGAUCGCGAAGAAGAAUAGGGUGUUCCGAUGAUAGUCUUGAUAUAAGGGAUUUCGUGCUCAAGGGCAUCGUCAUGUGAGCACAGCGCUCUGAAAUUGCAGUGAAAUACCCCUUAGCGGUGGCGAAAGAGUGUAAAUACCUGCGAAAAACUGUGUAUAGACAAGUAACACGUCCUGCUGCUCC